UUUUAAAUAACGACCCGGAAGUGAAGCAUACGUCAUCGCCCAACGUUGUUUUCACGCUCACGUUGGUUUUAAAAUGUUUAAUAAAAAGCCACGAAGAAAUUUCAGGCAAAGAAAAAAUGAAUCAAGCGAGGAAGAGGACAACGAAAAAGUUGACAGAGGUGACGGUGGAAACGAAACGGAGAAACCCAUCCAAUUAAAAGCAGAUUUACCGCGCAGACAUCAAUCUGACUCGAGUGAUGCGGAGGAGCCGACUGUCAGUCCAGUUCAGUAUAAAGACAUCAAACACUCAUCGCAAAACAACACACUUAGCUUCCUGGAGGACAAAGAUUCCACUGAAGGACGAGCUUUUAAAGUAAAACGGUCGGCCAAUAAAGAAGUUGUUUUCCAAGCACGGAAAAAGGAGGAUUCUCCUGUAACGUUGUCAAUCCCUCAAGUUAAGAAAAAUGUGGAUGUCAGUGUGCAAUCACAAUCAGACAGUGAUGCUGAUGCUGAGGAUUUACCUCCUGAUAGUGACGAUGAAAGCUCCUCCACCAUGUCAAGUUCAUCUGGUUCUUCAAAACCACACACAGUCAACAUCCCAGAUGCUAGAAAGAUUCUCGCUGCCAAAGAGCAAAGACGACAAGCCAGAGCCCGGCAAGAUUACAUACCGUUGGAUUCACCCGGCACUCCUGGCAGCUUCCUAGAAGAAGAUCGUAGCGAUGCGGAGCAAGGCAGCGAUAAUGAACCUGACGAUCAUGAACGCAGAAUCGAAUUUGCACCCAAACCCAAGACUCUGAAAGAGCGUAUAGCUGAGAAGAUGGGAAGCGGUAGUGAGGAAAGCUUUUCGGAUAGUCAGGAGGAGGAAGACCAGCAGAUCUGGGAGGAACAACAGAUCGGAAAAGGAGUCAAAAGACACCAAAAGCAACGUCAGGCUCUGGUAAGACCAAUGAGACAAAAGAAAAUUCCUGAAACGCUUCCACCAGUCAGCAUUGAUGUCAUCAAGAAAAGGAUUGUGGGAAAAUUAGAUUCGCUCAGGGAGGUGCACAGGGCGCGGGAGGCGGAGCUAAGGAGGAUGCAGCUGGAUGUUGAAAUGGCCAAGAGCUCCUUGGAGAGCCUCGAAAAUCACCCUGCGGAUGAUCAGCUCCGGUUUUACCGUACCAUGAACGAAUUCUCACAGAACCUGCUGGAAUGCCUGUCUGAGAAGAUGGCUUUAAUAAACUCAGUUGAGCUGGACGUGCACAGUCUUUAUAUUGACCAGGCGGAGGCGCUGUCCAGUCAGAGAAGAGAAGCGGUUCAAGAGGAGUCCUCUCGAAUUCAAAAGUUAACCUAUAAUACUGAUACACAAAGCAAUGGUGAUGCAACCGGUGGGUCCAGCCCACCUGUGCAAAGCUUGUUUGACUAUUCUGAAGAUGUCGAGUGCUUGCCUUCCGAUUGGGAGCCAACAUCUGCUCAGGACGCAGAGCUACAAAGUAAAAGAGCUGAUUUGUUGAAAACGGCAGAGGAAAUAUUUGCAGAUGUCCAAAUGGAAUUUUGGGAUGUGAAGAAAAUCCUAUCCAGAUUUGAUGAGUGGCGUGUCUCGAUUCCAGAAUCCUACAAUAAUGCCUAUAUUGGACUGUGCCUUCCAAAACUCCUGGCACCACUGAUCCGACAUCAGCUUAUUGGCUGGAAUCCUCUUAAGGCAGAUGCUGAAGACUUUGAAGCAUUACCGUGGUACUCUGCUGUUGAAAAGUUUUGUCAUGGUCAGGGUUAUGAGGAAUCAGAGAACAUGGAUACAAAGACGCUGCCCUCCAUAAUCGAGAAGACGAUCCUAUCUAAAGUUCAAGGUUUUGUGGAGCUGGUGUGGGAUCCUCUGUCUACACAGCAGUCUAAUACCCUGACAGCACUGUGUAAGAGAAUACAGGAGGAUUAUUCUGUAUUUGAUGGUGAACAAAGCAAGCCUGUUAAGGUUUUUGUAGAAGCCGUUAUUCAGAGACUGAGGAGUGCGGUGGACAAUGAUGUCUUUGUCCCAUUUUACCCCAAAAAGUUUUUAGAAGACAGGAGGUCACCACAGUUCCUGUUUCAGAACAAACAGUUUUAUUCUGCUGUGAAGUUGCUUGGUAAUAUGGCUUUAUGGGAUGGAUUGAUUCCUGAGCAUAUUCUUAAAGAGGUGAUGUUGGAGAAACUUCUGGGACGUUAUUUGAUGAUAAUUGUUCUUAAUGAAUCCAGUCCAAAACACAGCAUCCAGAAAUGCAAAAAGAUUGCCGAUUGUUUUCCAAAAUCAUGGUUUAUGGAAUUGAACAUCGAAUCAACCCUACCUCAACUACAGAACUUCAGUAAACAUCUUCUACAGGUUGCUCAUGGGAUAGGCAAAGACAACAGUGACCCCAGCAGCACUAGAGCACUUUUAUCUGAAAUAUUGUGUAUACUCCAGGACAUCAAGGCACAUGACUGCAUUAAGACUAUAACAAACAAAUAUCACUGUAAAGAUCUGCUAAAAGCUCACUAGCAUCAUUUUGUCUUGACAUCAGUGAACAUGUUUUUGUACGUUCCUUUUAUAUGUACAUGUAUAGUAAAUAAAAUUUUGGUUCAUGUGGCUGUAGCUUGCUGGAAUUGUUAUUUAUGUCAAGGACAUGAAAUAUAUACAGUAUAUCGUUACAGUCCAUUAGUCAUUUUCAUGUUAUGAAACAUGGUGCUCAGGCUCGUUCCUAUAAGACUUAUAUCCCCAAAGAUGUGCUACAUGGAUUUGGAGUAAACAUCUUUCUUCACAUUCCCUUUCUUUAUAGGUCCCUUUAUUGUUCAUUAGGGAUUAAAGAUAUUCACUGUAUUGGCUCAUUUUAUUUCUAAGUUUAGUUUUUGCUUGUUUUCCCCUUGCCCAUAUACGCCUACAGUCCCUGUUUAUAAGAAUGGAUAAUGGCAUCAUGAGCUCUAAACCAAACUCUUGCAUUUUAUUGAAUGGGUCCUCAGAGAUUACUAACAUAUGCAGGAUGCCUUUCUAUUAGAAGAGUCUAACUGUACUGCACAAAUGAAUCCUGUUUACAUAUAAUGAUCGAGAUUCUGAGCAUCCACCACAUAACUCCUUUAUGAAAAUCUUCUUGCAAAAGUUGUAUUAUUUGUUAAACCACAGUUGUCAAAUGAGAGACCAGUGAUUAUUUUUACACAGCAAAAUGUUCAGAUGUUGGAUAAUAGCACAGUUUGGACUACGGUACGUUUUGCUGAGAAGGUGUAAGAUCUCGCACCUCUCAUCUAUUUUGUCACAGUCCUGUGAGAUUUCACUUUUAUUUUGUGUGGUAAGAUAUGGCAUUGAUUCCAUUACUAGAAGUCACCAUGGCGACCGCUAACCUCUUACAUUAUCUGCUAUGUAAUGUUUUUUGAGGAGGCCCUCUACUCCCAGCAUAAUCUUGCUCAUGCUGUGCAAUGUUUACCUUUGUUCCUUUUGACCCCUGAAGUUGGGCUUUGUAAAUUAGUGUAAAUAAUAAGAUUGAAAACUUAUGUAGCAGCAAAGUGCUGUAAAAAUAAACAGGAAGAGACUAUAUCUGAGAAGAAUGAUGACCGGCCUCUUCUGAACAUGCUGACUGUAUCUUGUGGUUGUAAAAAUGGGGGAAUCAUUUUAUGUGCAUGCAAAUAGAAAGUUGAAUCAAAGCCAAAUUAAACUAUUAAAUUCUGUAGAAGAAAGUCUUUGUGAGAGAUGGCCGCUAUUUAAAUGAAACAUUGUGUCUUGGAUAUAUUUUCUUGUAAUACCAUUCACUAAAGAUGUGAUGAUAAACUUAAUAAAACAAAGAGGCCAAUAAACGUUUGUUAUCAUAGGUUUUUACAACAGUUGUCUUUUAUAGUUUAACAAGUCCCUCUUAAUUUAAUUUCAAUUUAAAUUAAGCUCUGUUUUUAUCCACUUUUAACAUUAAUGUUUGGUGUGUCUGCCUUUUCAGCUAU